AACUGUAAAGCUUCCGUUUGGGACAAAGUUUCUGGACGCUGCUUUGUGUUUCCCAUCCUCAGGGGAAACAGAUGUGCACACAGCUGUUGUCCUCACGCACGGCGCAGGAGGAGACAUGAACUUCAGACAUCUGGUGUCUCUCGCGCGCGCUUUGGCUUCAAGUGGCUUCCUCUGCCUCCGCUUCACGUGUAAAGGCUUAAACCUGACUUACAGAGUUAAGGCUUACUCUGCUGUUUGGGACUACUUGAAAACCAUACAGAGGUUUACAGUGAAUCACAUAUUUUUGGGAGGCAGGUCGAUGGGAUGUCGAGCUGCGGCCUCUCUGGCCAGACAGCUGAGCGAUGGAUCAGAGGAUGCAGUGCAGGGGGUCAUCUGCCUGUCUUUCCCCAUGCACCCCCCUGGACAGAUGCACACCCAUCGCCAGCGAAGUGAAGACCUCAGGAUGCUGCCAGAGGGUGUGCGUGUGCUUUUUGUGUCAGGCACUAAGGACAACAUGUGUGACAGGGACCUUUUGAAUGGCGUUCUACAGGAUAUGAAAGCUCAGACGGACGUGUGUUGGCUGCAAGGAGGCGACCAUGGGCUGACAGUGAAAGGAAGGUCUGAAGAUUCUGUAAUGGAUGAAAUCAACUUAAAGGUCAUCAGCUGGAUCAAAGAAAACGGAGCUUAG